AUUUUCGUAAGUUUGUUAAUUUUCUGCAUGCAUGAAUGAUGCCCGCCCUUCUACAUUCUGUUAAUUCUUGAUUUAAUGUGAUAAAUGAAGUUUGAUGUGUUCGUCGCCACUCAAGAUCGAUUUUGUUCUAAAAUGGAAUUUGCGAUUGUUCAUCAACAUUUCAAAGAUUUCGGUUGAUGGUGUGCGAUAUGGUUUGCAUGAUUUUGAAUUCGGUUCGAAUUAGGUCUGAUUUCAUUUCUGCUGUUUAAUUGUGCAGAAAAUUGAGAAGUGAUUUGUUGUUGUUCCAUCCAAUGUGAAAUUGAAUUGUGGGUUAGGGAUUUAGACAUUGUAGUAUCAUGAUGAGAGGAUCGAGUUCGAAUGAGAAAUUAGACAUCAAUGCUAGCUUAGAGAGUGAGCUUGAAGCAUUGUUGCUACAUCAGCAGCGAAAUCGAGGUUUGAUUGUUGAGAGAGAAAGGAGUUUGGAGAUAAAUAGAAGCGGCAGUGCCCCUCCCUCAGUGGAGGGUGCUUUGCUUGCUGCAGGGAGUCUGCUUAGGCAUCCCAAUUUCGUGAAGCUCGACGCCGCUGGUGGUAGUAGCAGUGGUAGUGUUGAUAGCAUAGGCGUAUUGACCGAAGAGGAAAUAAGAUCCCACCCUGCAUAUUUGGAGUACUAUUAUUCACAUCAAAACUUCAACCCUAGGCUGCCUCCACCUCUGUUGUCGAAGGAGGACUGGCGCGUUGCACAGAGGGUCAGGGCCGCGGGUAGAAAUGUGGUUGACAAUGGCGGUGGGAGUGGGGUUCUGCUCUACUCAAUGCCAGUCGGUUUGUCUGUGAAGAAAGCAGAAGAUGAAAUGAUCGAGCUGAGGAAGGCGGCCCUCAGGAAUAUGUCGAGGAAAAACUCUACUGAGUCGUUAGACAAAGGUAUGAUGGGGGCGUCGAGUUCUGGAAUGGGAGUUAGAAGGAAGAGCUUUGCAGAUAUACUCCAGGAAGGGUGUGGCCAGCCUACGAAAUCGCAUCUCUCGCGCCCUGCUAGCCAGAGUUCGGUUGCUGAUGUUGCAGAUACUUUACCCAAUUCUAAUGCAGCAGAACCAUUUGAAGCCUUACACCCCGAAAAAACUCUUACAGGCUUAUCCAACACUCGCAGCAAUCCGAGCUCCUUGGCAUCUUGUGUGAACGUGUCAUCCUUAACUAGCAGCAGGCCCCCGGUUUCUGCUCUUGUGGCGCUUGGCAAUGGAGUUCAUCUUGUCGAAAACCUGAGCUCUGCAUCGCUGGUUCCUUCGUCUGGCAUCUUCGAGAUAGCUGACAUCGCCUCUUCUCUCUCUGGAUUGAAUAUGUCCAUGUCCAGAGGCCAGCUUCCUGCUGAGAGUAGUUCACAGUCUUCACUGCAGAUGGGGACAAAUCCGACAGGGCAGCAGCAGCAGCAGCAUUAUAGCGACAAUGCUAGAGUCGAAAACAUGGUCAGUAACAUGAACUAUGUGAAUUUAGCAAGGAGUAAUGGACUAACCAGGGGGACUAGUGUUUCGAAACCAACGGGGAACGAGCGUGUAGGUUUUCCGAGAAGGACGUCUUCGACUACUAAUCUCCAGUCUCAACAUCAGCACAGCCUAUCUGAUUUUGCAAGGCUGGAAGAUCUAAAGAAUCAAAUGCAGAGCAAUAAUUUUCCUAAUCAGAGGAAUGGUGCAUAUGCAGUUGAGCAGAAACAUGAUGGGAUAAUAGGUUCACUCAUGGCUGGUGGCAAUGGAGAUGGGCAAAUCUUGAGACCUAACUACCCGCCGGGGUUCCAUAUCCCCGUCAUGGAUCCACAUCAAGUUCAGUACAUUCAGAAAAUGUCGAAUCAUGGGAAAGAUUCGGCUCGUGCUGCUGGAAAUUCUUCUCAAGGACUACACUUUGUUGGCUCCCAUGGCCAUGAUAAUUUUCAGUCUUUGGAGAAAGCUUAUCUCGAGGUGUUGCUUCUGCAACAGGCACAGCAGUAUCAGUCACAGAUGUUACAGAAGCCCGGUACCGUUAAUCAUCAUCAGUACCACGGAAAUCCUGGAUUUAGUCCCUAUGUUGCUUCUUUUCAAGGCAACCCGUUGUUGAGUUCACGAGAUGGUUCAAGGAGUUCUAUGAUCCCGAACGAGAAAUGUGCUCAAAUGCAGCCGUCUUUGGAGAGUCUCAAGGGGGAAAGCACCGGUUCCUUGCAUCCACAGAGUGGAAGCAAAGCCAAAGGAAGAUUUGAGUCCUUGCUGGAGAUGCUUAAAAACAACAAGAUGAAGUCGUUGGAGCUCUCAGACAUUCUUGGUCAUGUCGUUGAGUUCAGUACGGAUCAGUUUGGGAGUCGCUUCAUUCAGCAGAAGCUGGAGACAGCUACAGUCGAAGAAAAGACAAAGAUACUUGCAGAAAUCCUUCCUAAUGCUCUUGGUUUAAUGAUCGAUGUUUUUGGGAAUUACGUCGUACAAAAGUUCUUUGAGCACGGGAUUGAAGGUCAUCGGAAAGAGUUGGCGAGGCAUCUCAUUGGUCAUGUAUUGCCUCUCACUCUGCAGAUGUAUGGCUGCCGAGUUAUACAGAAGGCAUUGGAAGUGGUUGAUAUCGACACGGGCGCAAAGAUGGCAGCCGAGCUCGAUGGUUCGGUGAUGAAAUGCGUUCAUGAUCAAAAUGGCAACCACGUAAUACAAAAGUGCAUCGAGUGCAUCCCUCAAGAUCGCAUUCGUUUCAUAAUUUCGUCGUUCUUGGGGCAAGUCGUGACUCUGUCCACGCACCCUUACGGCUGUCGAGUGAUUCAGAGAGUUCUCGAGCACUGCGAUGAUCCAAAGACUCAACAGAAGAUCAUGGAUGAAAUAAUGAGCUCCGUCUGUAAGCUAGCUCAAGAUCAAUACGGAAACUAUGUCAUUCAGCAUGUCGUGGAGCACGGUAAGCCCCACGAACGGGCUACAAUAAUCAGCAAGCUGGCCGGACAAAUCGUGAAGAUGAGUCAGCAGAAAUUCGCCUCUAACGUCGUUGAGAAAUGCUUGACUUUUGGUGGCCCGGAGGAGCGGAAGCUCUUGGUGAACGAGAUACUCGGUUCAACAGAAGAGAACGAGCCGUUGCAGGCUAUGAUGAAAGAUCCCUUCGGAAACUACGUCGUGCAGAAGGUGCUUGAGACAUGCGAUGACAAGAGUCGCGAACUCAUCCUCUCCCGCAUCAAGGUCCACUUGAGUGCACUCAAGAGGUACACUUACGGCAAGCACAUUGUAUCACGCGUAGAAAAGCUUGUUGCAGCCGGAGAAAGGCACAUUGGGCACUCCUCAUCAUCCAAGCAGAACAACUGAGCUUUGUACAUACGAGGACCGGGUUUGAGCACGGUCCGAACGAGGCUUUCUAGUCGGGAGGAACGAGGUAGUGUAACGUAGGUUUCUGCUAUACGUGGAGCUCCAUAAUAAGCCUGCAUUUUUUGUUUCUUGAUUGUGUAUAGGUUUGUUUUGCUCAUGAUCGAGCCGAUAAUAAGCUGUUUUUGAUGGUGUACAUUUUGUUGAUAAUUUUAUGUGUAGUGUGAUAGAGUCACAUUAUUUAGAUAGAGGCACUUUUUCUUA